CGCGUGUACUAUGCUAGACAUUGGUUCUCUCUAUUUGGCAGCAGAGGGGGAGGGGUGGGCUAGGCCGUGGAGUCGGAUUUGUCUGGUCCCUACAAACGAAGACUGACUGAGACUGGGCAGAGCGGGAGGUGAAAUAAGCCGCUCAGCCAUUCCUAACUUGACAACAUAAAGGGACUCGCACCAGCUGAUCAUCUCAGCAAGAGCAUCAGCUUACAUGGUGGGGUGAGGAUACCGGUGUUUCUUUUACUGCCAUCUCCCCUCUGGAUUGGGUAGCAUAGAUAUUUUUCACCCUAGUCCGGCAGCUUGGCUGCUCACCUAAAUCCAGAUGAAUGAAGACCCCAUUCGGGAAGACAGCGGGCCAGAGAUCCAGAGCUGAUGCAGGGCACGCAGGUGUUUCUGCAGGUAUGAUGAAGAAGAAAAAUUCUCACAAGAAGCACAAGAACAAUGUUGGCCCCAGUAAGCCAGUCUCCCAGCCCAGACGGAAUAUUGUGGGCUGCAGGAUACAGCACAACUGGAAGGAGGGCACCAGUCCAGCGACUCAGUGGAAAGGGACGGUUCUUGACCAGGUUCCCGUCAACCCCUCCCUUUACUUAAUAAAGUAUGAUGGCUUUGACUGUGUUUACGGGCUGGAGCUUCACAAAGAUGAACGGGUGCAAGGUCUUGAAGUUUUACCGGACCGAAUCGCUUCUUCCCGGAUCAGUGAUGCCCAUCUGGCAGAUACCAUGAUUGGCAAGGCAGUAGAGCACAUGUUUGAGACGGAAGACGGGUCCAAGGACGAAUGGAGGGGGAUGGUUUUAGCACGUGCACCUAUUAUGAACACAUGGUUUUAUAUUACUUAUGAAAAGGAUCCCGUUUUAUACAUGUAUCAGCUAUUAGAUGAUUAUAAAGAAGGUGACCUCCGGAUAAUGCCUGAUUCAAAUGAUUCUCCCCCUGCUGAACGCGAGCCAGGGGAGGUGGUGGACAGCUUGGUGGGCAAACAGGUGGAGUACGCAAAGGAAGACGGCUCCAAAAGAACUGGCAUGGUGAUCCAUCAGGUUGAGGCCAAACCAUCAGUGUAUUUCAUCAAGUUUGAUGAUGACUUCCACAUCUACGUCUAUGAUUUGGUAAAAACGUCCUAGGCGCGUUGCUCCAGAGAGUGAGGGGGGGGAAAAAGGCGUGUUGUCUACAGACCUUUGGCAAAUCUUCUGAACGCUUCUCUUGACAGCCUGAGGCAAGAUGGAUAUUUCCUUUGCAGGCUCUCACUGAAGCCCAUGGUUUCCUGUGAACUCUUGAACCUUGCAAAAACAAAAAACAAAAAAAAACAAAACGCAUUUCUGUUUAUUAUUUCCACAAGAAGGGACAUCUCUGCACAGCCUGACAUCGUUAAAGACUCGUUGCAAGAAUUAACAGGAGGAUGCAAACUUAAAUUCUGCCCCACUCUGCAGCUGAAUCUUUAGGCCACCACUUUCACCGGCAAGAAAAAUGAUUUAUAAAAUUGAAUGGUAAUGCACACUGCAUUGAACGAGUUGUUUUCAUUUGAAAAUCUGGCAUCAGAACAUAAAUAUCCAGUAAAAACAUAUUGAAAUCAAAACAUUGGUAAAAACAUAUUAACAUUAAUGCACUUGAAUGCAUUUUUUUUAUUAUUUUUUUUUUUUACACACGAUUUCUUCAGUACUACACGUGUUAUGUGGCAAGUCUUAAAUAGAAAACAGUUUUGGGGAAACUUGUCAGUUUUGAUCUUGAAUAUAUGAGAAGUUAAUUCAGUUGCAGUUUCCUUCGGUUCAAUGCAAAUUUUUAUUUAUUUUUUUGCUUGCUUAAGGAAAAGAAUUUAAUAUACAUUCUGCUUCUUUGUAGUUGCAUCUUAAGUGUUAAGUAUGUUCCAUGGAUAAGAGCAAGAUAUAUGACAGCCUACAUUUCUAUAUUUAAUUUGAUAAACUAAACACCAGCACCGACUGUAGCUUUUCUUUUUGACUGAAUUGUGGGAUUUCUUCCAUAGCCGUUUCGCCCCCAUUUGUUUCAAAUUCGAACAACAUUGUUCAUUUCUGUUCAACAGUUAACAAUGUUUUAGGUCUUGCUGUUUGGAAAUGACAUAUUCUGUUAUUCUUUGGUCCACUUUUCUGUGCUAUAUCAUCCCAAAGUGUUAAUUUAUUAAAUUUGCAUCAGUUGCAUACCCUGCCCCAGCAAGUGUAAGCAUUUUUUGUAUAAAAUACCACUUAUAAAACUCAUUUUAUAUAAUUAAUAUAAUUUCAUAAUGGACACGUGUCAUAAAUACAUGAUUGACACUGAAAAAUAUUUCAGCAUAUAAACAAUUGCCAGUGUUUUGUUAAAUAUACCCUUUUCCUUGCAAAAGAUACUGGUUUUCAAGAGAUAGUAACAGGCCAAUGACACUCUUUUGGAAGAUUUUCAAAUUUCUGUUACGAAUUGCCAUGUUACUUGGCUGAGCCUACAAGCAUGUGCCUCAUUUAAACUGUUGAAAGAUACUCAAUGUUAGAAUACUCAAAUGGAAUUUCUGUGCUUUCAGCCACAGCUACAUUUACUGCAUCCAAGAUGGACAAAAAGGCUUUUCGUAGGAAUCUUAGAGUGGUUUCUGGAGUAAUGUAAAGCACUAAAGACCAGAGUAUAAAUGUUAUUCAUUAUGUUAAUGGACAGUGUUUUCUGUGAAUUCAACCUCUGCACACCUCAUUAAUAUCCUGCUUUUCCUCAGUGAUGAAAAAGUAGUGUUUUAUAUAAAAGUUAAACCUGAGCCUCUGAUGAUGGUCAUACUGAGAACAUUCUUGAACAGGAGAGCUGUCGAUGGUUUUGGACAACAGCAUCUGCACAGGACUCCUUAGAGUGUGGAUCUGCAUCCCUGCAUAACUAAAUAAAACGGGUGGCCAUGCUAUAUCAUCUGCCCCCCCACCACCACCACCAAGGUGUUUGUGAUCUACAUGAUCUAUUUCUGCUUUGUGGUGGCUCUUGCUCUUAUGUUGAGGAAAAGCAAUAGCCGUUAUUUUUUAGAAAGUGUUUUUAGAAAGGAAGAAAAAUGCGUGCUUGUCUUCAAGUACCAAUGGCUCAAUUUUAACAAAAAUAGUAGCCAUCUUCUCGAGGUUCAGGUUUCCAAGCUUACAGUAUGCACACCUUUAUGUAACCCUGUAACUAAGUAUAAUCCUCUCAUCACAUAAGGGUUAUGUCUUACUCCAAACUGUUUUGGGGCUUUUGAACAUGCAAGACGCAUCCAGAAAAGAAAUGUGUAAGAUAUAUUGGCCUUUGAAAUUUACCUACUGUAGUAUUGUACUGUGUUUGAUGUCAGUUCCAUGUCAGAUGUUUUGGGGAAGUCUUUCUUUUUGUUGUUUUUUUUUAUUUUUUAUUUUGCAUGAGUAGAAAUUAAAUAAUGUAAGUUAGUGUAAGUUGCAUGUAAAUCACUUUCCUUUCGUAUGGGUUUUCGCCUAAAGUUUUUUUUUUUUUUAAUUUUUUUUUACAUGUUCUUUUUGUAUAUUAAUUGUGAAUUUCAUUUUAUUUUGCUUUGCUUUUUUUAUUAUCGCUGUGUAGGAACAAAGGCACUGGUAUAGACUCACAUGGCCAGGGUACCAGUGUUUCGCAGCAUUUGAGGGAUCAUAUCUCUUACAAAAAAAUACUUUGGGUGUGGGUUUGAAUGGGGAGGGGGUCCUUGGAUGACAGACAAAUCACUUUUAUGUCCUACGCGUGCCAUAACUUUAAGAUAUAUGUCUAAGAAAAACAGCCUUACAUUAUUGGGGGGAGUUAUCUGUGAGUGAGGUUGUGUGCUUGUGUGUGUGAAUGUGUGUAUAGUAACCAUUGUAGUUCCAUAUCAAUAAAUUAUGUAAUUUUUUUUUUUUUCUUGGAAGGACAUUUUUUUUUAAAUGCAAUAUGGUCCCUUUGAGAUGCUGUCAGUCGUUUCUUUUGUAUAAUACAGUGCAAUUUGAUGGUUACUGAUUACAUGUAUAGUCAAAGGGUCUUCAUGUUUUCUCGUGUCUAGGUAAAUGGCUUCUAUUUGACUGCUUGUUUUCGGAACAAUGUAGAUAGUUCAUUGUUUGCAUUUAGAGGUAUAAACACUUAAAACGUUACUUAAUUCUGUAAGUAAUUUUUAUAAUUAUGUAAGUCUAUACCUUAUAACAUUAAAAAAAUAAAAACUUAAUGUGAA